AUGGCUUCAGCAGUCACAUUUGCUUCUGCUCCUCCUCGCCUCCUCUACGCCUCUGCUAUUUCUUGUCGCAUCAACCCUUUUGCCUACCUCGGCAACGACAGUGACGGCGAGGAGAAACCCGUCGUUCCUGUCAAGACCGUUGACAAGAACACUGCUCGUACUACUAAGCGUAAUGUCGAGCCCCAGGCUCCCGUAAGGGCCGGUGGUGCUGGCGGUAACCGCCGUGGUCCCGGUGGUAACGAGGGUGCUUUCCGGGAUCGUGGUGCUGGCAGCAACCGAAACCAGAACCGAUCCACUGAGGAGGCUCCUCGUGAUGGUCCCCGAGGCGGUGCCGGUGCUCGUGUCCGUGGUGGACGUGGCGCUAGACACGCCCGUGAGCGCGAUGACCGACACCCUUCCAAGUUCGGCGGCCACGGUGGCUCUGACAAGCAGGCUGCCCAAUCCUGGGGUGCUAACGAGGGUACUGCUGAGCUUAAGGACGAGCAGGCCGGUGAAGCUAUCGCUAAGGACGAGCAAAAGGAUGCCGUUGCUGAGGACGCUGCCGCUGAGGCUGCCGCCGCCGAGGAGGAGGCCGAGAAGCAGGUCUCUUACGAGGAAUAUCUCGCCCAGCAGGCUGAGAAGAAGGCCGCUCUCGACUCCGGUCUCAAGGUCCGUGAGGCCAACGAGGGCAGCAAGCUCGACAAGAAGUGGGCCAACGCCAAGCCCCUCGAGAACGAGGAGGAGGAGUACUUCGCCCCUACCGGAGGCAAGGCCCAGCGCCAGCGCGAGCGCAAGGUCAAGCAGACCAUUGACUUCGACCCUCGCUUCGUCGAGCCUGAGCGCACCCGAGGUGGUGCUCGCGGAGGCCGAGGCGGCCGUGGAGGUCGUGGCGGAGAGCGUGGUGGUGAUCGUGGCCGUGGAGGUAACCGCGGCGGUCGCGGCGGUGCUCCUCAGGGAUCUGCUAAGGGCAAUGCUGCUAUCAACACCAGCGACCAGUCUGCUUUCCCCAGCCUCGGCGGCAACUAG